AUGUCCUCCAGCCACAGCGCGCAAUCGGGGCAGCAGCCGUACUCCCAGCCUCAGCCCAAGACGCUCCGACACUUCCCACUCACACAUCAGAGCGCCCCUGCUCCGCCAGCAGCCUCGCCCCCAACGAAGAGAGACCUCAAGUCAUGGUGGAAGGGUUUCAAGAGCCAGAAGAACCAUGAGACUCAAGAACAACCGGCUGGCAUUUUUGGUGUACCUCUGCGACAAAGUAUUACAUACGCGAACGUCGCGAUAUCGUUGGUUGAUGCGGAGGGGAACAGCUAUAUUUACGGAUAUGUGCCUAUAGUUGUGGCGAAGUGCGGUGUAUACUUGAAGGAGAAAGCCACCAAUGUUGAGGGGAUUUUCCGUAUGAGUGGCUCGGAAAAGCGUAUCAAGGAAUUGCGCGCGAUUUUCGACGCACCUGAUCGCUAUGGGAAGGGCCUUGACUGGGAUGGAUACACCGUCCAUGACGCAGCAAAUGUGCUCCGGCGCUAUCUAAAUCAGCUUCCAGAGCCGAUUGUUCCUCUGGAUCUAUACGAUCGUUUCCGUGCCCCUCUUCGCAGCGUCAUGGGGCAAGAAGUAGUCUCGCCCGAAGACACGAAUGGCAUAAUACAGACCUAUCAACAACUAAUUACAGAGCUACCGCCUCUGAACCGCCAAUUACUGCUAUAUAUCCUUGAUCUAUUAGCCGUUUUCUCAUCCAAGUCAGACGAGAACCGUAUGGACUCGGCCAACUUGGCCGCUAUCUUCCAACCUGGAAUGCUCUCUCACCCCCAGCACGACAUGGCUCCAGAAGAGUACCAUCUGAACCAAAAUGUCUUGGUUUUCUUGAUCGAGAACCAGGAUCACUUCCUAAUCGGCAUGCGUGGCACGGCCGCGGACGAGAAGACGGUGCAAGACGUGCAGAAGGGAGGAACCCCGCCACCCGCGACGCCGACUUCGAUCACCAAGAAGAGCGGAAUCAGCAGGUCGCUGUCGAAUGCGAGCGCAGGCGGCGACAACCCCAGGCAUCCUGGCGGUGUACGCAGGAAUGUCUCCGUGAACUCGGGGCACUCCAGGCGCUCUAAUGGCGCGCCUGCAAGCCCUGGAUUACGGCCGCUGACGCAAACUUCGGUCGAGAAUGGUGGAAGUGUACCAGCUUCAAUCAAGGAGGUUAAGAAUGCGGAGUCAUAG